CGCCUUCGCCUCUGUACAGUCUCCAGGCGGCUGGGGGAUCCUGUUUUUCCCUAUCGCGGCUAUGAGCAAGCGGAAUCAGGUGUCGUACGUGCGGCCAGCCGAGCCGGCGUUCCUGGCCCGCUUCAAGGAACGGAUCGGCUACGAGGAAGGGCCCACGGUAGAAACCAAGAGAAUCCAGCUUCAGCUCCCAGGUGAAGAUGGUGAUCACAGUGACAAAGAAGAUGAACAGCCCCAAGUGGUGGUUUUAAAAAAGGGAGACCUAUCAGUUGAAGAAGUCAUGAAAAUUAAAACAGAAAUAAAGGCUGCCAAAGCAGAUGAAGAACCAGCUUCAGCUGAUGGAAGAAUUAUGUAUCGAAAACCAGUCAAGCGUUCCUCAGCAGAACCUCACUUUGGAUGAGGGAGAUGAUCAUAUGCCUAGUUACCAAUACUUCCCCAGCUCCUGCUAAGGGUAGCCGUGUGACAGCUCUGGUAAGUUAAGAGAUACAAGUGGAUCUUGAACAAGUAAGGAUCUAAUACAGGUGACCAUGAUACAAGUUAGGAUCUACUGAAUCACAUGGUGACUAUUAUUGAUUACACGGUUAAAAAAAAAAGAUACAAGUGGAAGUCUGCUUACUAGGUUUUUUGAUACAAAAGGACAGAUUUGGCAAGCGUGAACCUUUGUCCUCUCUCCAUCCUGCCUGGAGCACAAACAUGAAACCAAGAAGUACCAGAGCCAUUUUGGGGCAUGAAGAAGACAGCCACUUGUUCUGGGUGGUACAGUGGAAAGACUCGAGGAGCUUGGAUCGUGAUGGCAUGCCUGGAGGAGCUGCUGUACUAGCCUUGGACUUCCUGAUACAUGAGGAUAAACACCCUCUUAGUUAAUCCUCUGUCGGGUUUCUGUUACAUGCAGCCUAAUGAUACAGUGGUAGAAUGUGUGUGCACAGAAACCUCCAAGUGUAUUUCUGAUGAUUUCCUUAGAAUGAGUUGCUGGAAGCAGAAUUACUAGAUCAAAGUAUUUGUAUAUUUCUAAAGCUUUUCGUGCUUUCUUUCAAAUUGCUUUCUAGGUGGUUUUUACCAUUUUAUUCAUACCACCUACAAUAGCCCACAUCACCUCAUCCCUGAUGCAUUCAAUUUGAUGCUUUGAAAAUGGUGUUUAAUAGUUAUAUUUAACUGGCAUUUUCUUUGACCAGGGAAGCUAAACUGUUUUUCAUGUUACCUAAUAAUUUUCCUCAUUACUGCAAGUCAGCCGAAACUGGAGACUUGUCAAGAUCCCAUUCUUCACCAGCCAGAAAUUAGGCAUUUCAGAUUCCAUGUUAUGAAUUUGGUGCCACACCUAUCUUUCAGCCAUUUUCAGACCUAGUGUAAAGAAUCCUCAAAAGUGAUUCAUGUGAGUGGGCUAGUGUGAGUCCUGAAAUAGGCUCUCUAAAUUACACAAACUAGUCCCGAAGCCAUUCCUAGUACUAUCUUUAAUGUAUACUCACUUGUAACAAGCCAGGGUUUUUUCUAAUCUGUAUCAUUGCUAUAUCUAUUCUUGUACCAACACCCCACUGCUUUAAUGACUGUAAAUUUUAGUAUGUCUUAGCAUUUACAGGUGGGAGUCUGCAGGGCAGGAGGGCCUUUGUCUUACCUCUGUAUCCUCAGUACCCAGAACAGUACCUAACAUAUUAAGAGCAAAAUAAAUAUAGUUAGAAUAA